UUGUUUUUUUUUGUUUUGUUUUGUUUUCGUAGAAAAGGCUAUACAUUUAAACGAGAGCAGCACCUGUAGACAGGCAACACAAAGAACCGUCAAUCGUUUAAACAUUUUGCCUUGUACAUACAAUAUAUAAAGAUGCCGAUUUGACACUAUCGAGUUUGAACUAAAUAUUUAGUUCAGUUAUUAGGUGCACGUAAAACAAACGAGCUUCAAAUGCCAGGCAUUGGCAGGGUUUACUACAAGACAUUAAUAACUUCAUGUCGAGGGACUGCCUUGAGAUGCCAUUGCUCUGUUAAAACACCACCUAUAUCAUUCAAGGGAAGCCUCGUCGAGAGCAGGCACAUCUGCAUUAACCUCACCCGUGCUUUCCUCCAGACCUGAGAAUGAGGGAGAGAGGGAGAACAGAGAGGAAUGCGACAAGCGCGGAAAGGAGGGCAAAGCUGUGUUUUAAUAAUGUGCAUACGAAGAAUGAAGAAGUGCUGUACCUCUGUUGCAAUUGGCACUGAAAGGAAACAGUGGUAAAUAUACAGUAGAACGUCCAGUGGUUUGUGUGCAUAAUCUGAUUUGGGCCCCCCUGCCCCCUCUUCAGAUAAAGAAAAAAAGAACGUUGCGUUCAUUCUUGCGUUCUACAGUAACCUGCAAAGUGGGCUUUACAAAACAGAACGCAGAAAAGGGGGCGUUAACAGACGAAAACAAUAACUGCAGCAAUUGUGAUUCAUUUGGAGAAAAGAAAUAAUAAUCAAAACAAACAGCAUUUUAUUAAAAAAAGUCAGACAUUCACACACGACGCGGUGUUGGAGCGCAGCAUUUAUAGGUCAGUGAUUGACAAUGGAUUUCUCAGACGCACCAGAUUGGUUUAAGGAAGCCAUCCUAAACCGAUUUCUAAACGAUUCUUCUUUCAUGAACAUGAGUGGUUAUAACUUCACCCACGAGGGCUUCGUCUUGCCCAUUGGCAUAAAGAUCACCAUUGCUGUGGUUUACAUGGUGGUCUGCGUGGUGGGGCUCGUGGGAAACUGCCUGGUCAUGUACGUCAUCAUCAGGAGGAAACCAGCAUUCUGGGACAAUUCAGGGCUGGGACAAAAGGGGACUGCAAGCCUUGGAGACAGGAGGGGACAAGGCCACGCAAAUCCUUUUAGGUACACAAAGAUGAAGACUGCAACUAAUAUAUACAUCUUUAACCUGGCCCUUGCAGACUUUCUGGUUCUCAUCACCUUACCUUUCCAAGGCACAGACGUUUUCCUUGGGUCCUGGCCGUUUGGUAAACUCCUCUGCAAGAUAGUGAUCGCAAUCGACUAUUAUAACAUGUUCACCAGCACCUUCACCCUCACCAUGAUGAGCGUGGAUCGGUACAUUGCCGUCUGCCAUCCAGUGAAAGCCCUGGACAUGAGAACCCCUCACAAAGCUAAAGUCGUCAACAUCUGCAUCUGGGCUUUGGCUUCUGUAAUCGGUAUACCAGCCAUGGUGAUGGGGGAUAUUGAAGAGGAUCCCUAUGGCACAGCUGUCGAGUGUGCUGUGGUCCUGCCUCAACCCUGCAGCUUCUGCGAUGCUGUAUUUGGCACCUGCGUAUUUAUCUUCUCCUUCGUCAUCCCGGUCGCCAUUAUCACCAUCUGCUACACCCUGAUGGUGAAGCGCUUGAAAAGCGUGCGGGUGCUGUCCGGUUCCAAGGAGAAGGACCGCAUGCUGCGGCGCAUCACACGGAUGGUCCUCAUCGUGGUGGCGGUCUUCGUUGUCUGCUGGACUCCCAUCCAGAUCAUGGUGCUGGUCAGGGCCCUUGGGCUCAACCUGCACAACGAGCUCACAGUCUCACUCAUGCACUUCUGCAUCGCCCUGGGUUACGUCAACAGCAGCCUCAACCCAGUCCUCUACGCCUUCCUGGACGAGAACUUCAAGCGCUGCUUCAAGGAGUUCUGCUACCCGUCUUCAUUCAGGAUGGAGCUGCAGCGGUCGAGCAGAAUGAAGAGCAUUGCCAAAGAGGUUUCCUGCAACUGCAAGCAUGCAGAUGGGACUAGUAAUCCUGCAUGACUAGACGUGGGGCUGCCGUUGGUUACCAUCAACCAGCAGAAAGCUGGCAACUCAAAUGCAGAGCUUACUCAAACAACAACCCUUUAAUAUGUGCUGUGUUUGUGCUGUAUGAUCAACCGAACAUGAAGGUGGCCUUUGCAGAGUUUCUGAUUUGGAGAAAGUCAAGGAACUUUUGCUUGCACAGCCAGAGGAAGAAAUGCUGAUUAAAAAAAAAAGAAAGACAUCGGGAUACUUUUAAAAAGACAAAAUAUGAUAUGAUAUAUAUUAUGGCCUUAAUUGUAUCGUCUGUUAAAACUUGCCUAAACAGCAUGUUUGAUGUACAGUAAAUGGGUGUUUUUGUGUUUUUAAUGCCUACAAAAGUGUUAUUGUGAAAAGUAUCUAGCAGAUAAACCCAGCGUAUGCUUCUGUUAAAAAAAAAAACAAGAAAAAAAAACUGUUUGGUAGCAGUGUUUUUGAGUUUGAAAAUAUGUAAGGUUUCAAAAACUACAAAAAUACAUUAAAAAAAAAAAAAAAAAAAACUAUUGUACUGUUCUAGAACUGUAUUAUUGUCAGAAGUCUUAUAGUAAUCUUACAAUGUGCCUCUACAAAUUGCUGGUUUAUGUCAUUAUUCUUAGCGAAGAGAAUGCUGCAUGUCAGUUGAAUGGGUACAUUUAACAGCUUCGCUUGUGUAAAAGUGAAUGUUGUUAGACCCGCAUAACUUAAUCCCAAAGUUACAACUAUGUUUACUUUCAAAAGCAGUCAUUGCUGAGCUGUAACUGAGAUUGUAUUCUUCUGUUUAUUUAUUGAUAUAUUUAUUUACAUAUGAAGCUUAAAUAAGAAGCAUUGUUAUCAGCAUUGUAACUGGCAAUGCUAAUAUGAUCCACACAUUAAAGAACCCAUGUUUGCAAAACAGAAGUGAGGCUGCAUUUGUACAAUCGUCUGCCAUUUGUAAAAGAGUUUUGGGUGGCUUUCUUCUUCUAUGUUAUGUUGUUAUUCAGGGUGUGACUCAAACAAGGGGUGAGGUACAAUACAGUUAUGGCCAAAGAUUUUGCAUCACCAUACAGAAUUAACUACUUUAGCUUUAUAAAGUGGAAUGAAUCCUGCUGAAUAAUGUUACGAUGACAUAUUGAAUUCCAUACACUUAAUGAAAAGCUG